AUGCCCUGGCAGCCUCUCCCCCGCAUCGCGUUCGCCGUCGCGACCUACCCAUUUCCAGCCUCAAGCCCGGCCGACCUGCCUCUCGAAAUUGGCGAUGAGCUCUACAUUAUCGAAGAGACGCCAGACGGCAACUGGUUGCGCGGCUACCUGGUAGCGCCUCCCAGUCUGCUGGCUGGUCUGACUUCAGUGAAAGGCCAAACUCUCGAAGCGCGCGUGUUCAGUGGAAUCUUCCCCCGAAGCUGUGUUGAAGUUCGCGAGAUGCUAGGGGAGCCAGAGGAGGAUGACGAGAACGACGAUGCAGCAAGCGAUGGUCUCGCUAUGGAUGGCGACAUGCCACGCGCAAGUGAUUCUGCUAAGAGUGGCGUGACAAAUAAUUCUGCGCGCAAAAGUAGAAAAGAUGGACACAGGUCAACGAUUUCGAGCAAAGGCAGAAUCCCUUUCAGAGAGCUUCCAAAUGGUACCUUGGGGAGUAUCCCUGUGCCCAUAGACAGAGACCCUGAUGCUCCUCGCCCUGCUGCGCCCGUACCGAUGCUGAAGAUUGGAGAUGAGACACCGACUUCCCUCUCAGAGCCAUUGAUCGACGAAAUCGCCUCAUGUCUUAGAGAAUGGCACUCUACCAACCUACACGAACUCCUCCUCUCCCGACAAUAUGGCCGACUAGACCAGCUCUCCCAGUUGAUUACGAGUCUAAACUUACACCGUCAACAAUUUCUGUACAACGUUCUCACUGCGCACGAAUAUGACCGCCUACGCGAGAAGACCGUCUGGGACUUGGUGAGGGUGAACAAGCUUUGUGGAGGAGAGGUCAUUGUGCGGGAUCCCGAAGCGCGAGGAAGGGUCUUGACAGCCGACGACUGCAUUGUUAAGGUCACUAAAUUGCAGUCCGUAAUGAGCUUGUUGGACGAGCCUCCACAGUCUAAUGCCGAAUUGACAGCUCUUCACCACCUCAUGAUCGACAUCAAGGGUUUUGCUGGUGCUUCGAUUGAGGAGACCUCGCUCGUGUUCUACCUUGUCAGCAAACCUCAAUAUGGCCAGCCUUUUACUCUCUCAGAAGGAUUUACCGUCAAGAUCCCUGCUGGUGGCACACUCGUCAACCUGGCCAAGCAUGCCCAAACAAAGACACUCUUCACUGACUUAUCAUCGCAAGACGUGGGCGACGUACCUUCAGCAGCAACCGAACUCUUCCUCGUUGUCAAGGUGUUGGCAUCUCAACAAAUUAUUGCCUCGCAGCCUUUGUCUCGUUCCGGAACCGCACCAUCAGCCUCAUAUUCUAGAGACCAAAUGAAACCGACAUCUGCAGGCGGAAUGAAGAAUACUCGAAGAAGUCUUAUGUGGGGUGGGAAGAGCUCAAGAACCGGAAUCUCAAGAGGUUCGCCUGCGGGACGGAUGGAUGCUGUUGCCGAACAGAGUGACGGACGACUAUCAAUGAACGGUGCUGAGAGCCGGGAAGGCACUGCACCACCAAGCACGGCAGGCUCAAAAACUGGCAGCCCGAUCGAUAGUGUACAGACCGCAGAUCGCACGAUUGGGCUUGGUGUUUUACGACUGAACCCGAUCAUGAAGCAGGACGACGAAGUCGAGCAUCUUGUAAACAUUUGGUCGGCGUCAUCAAGACACGCAGGCGAGAAGGAAGCCGGAGAUGAUUGGGACCCAUUGGUCAAGGAAUUGCUUGACAGCCCUUCCGGCCAUUACGAAAAGUCCCGAAGGGGAGAACGAUUGCAGCUCCAGCUCAAGAGUUUCGAUCAUUUGGAUGCCGAUAUCCUCAUCAAGUCUACUCCAACGAUGCUCUCGGGUGUGAGUAAGACAAGCAAGAUGGGCUUUUCCGGUGCCCCUACAAGACCUCGCUCGGACAUAUACUUCACCUUGACCGAUGCUACACUGGGGAAGCAGAACCUUCUGUCACGAUUUGGCGGUAGUGCAACAGCCAUGCCAUCUAGUGUCCAUGGAAACAACCUACAGAUUACCCUCGAGGUUCGAAAGGCAACGGGCGAACGAAUCGAGAACUGCAUCUUUGCAUCUUCCAACACAGAAGCGUUGAGUACGUUCAAGUCGAUAGCUACGGAGCGAGGAGAGCCUUGGGAUCAGACAUUGCGCUUCUCCUUGGCCCCUAACGAUGUUUCACAAGCUCACGUUGUCAUGUUUGUUUCUGAUAUGCCCAACCCGCCUUUUGCUGUAGGCCACAUCCCGCUGUGGGAUCAAGGAGCUUUCAUACGGGAUGGUUUACACGGCCUACUGCUCUAUAAGAUAGACGAACACACCUCUACUGCCCAGCCUGGACCGAGCGGGAAGGGCGGAUACCUAUCACUCUCUUGGAGCCCUCAAGACAAAGAUGAUCGCUCAGUUGAAACAACCGGCCCUCUUGCUAUCCUUCGUACCAACACUUAUCUCUGCAGCACUCGGUUCUCCCAAGAUAGAGUGAUCUUGGGAAUCUUGAAGUGGCGUGAUCUCCAGCGAGAAGAGGUCAUCGACAUACUCAAACAACUCAUCUUUGUGCCUGAGAUCGAGGUGGUUAAACUGCUGAAUGAUGUACUGGACGGCCUUUUUGGAGCCCUUGUGGAGUAUUCUGGGAGUUCCGAAUUUGAGGAUCUUGUCUUCACUGCCCUAGUUCGAGUGCUAGGCAUCGUCCAUGACCGAAGAUUUAACCUAGGCCCCUUGGUGGAUCAAUACGCCGAGAACCAGUUCAACUAUCCUUUUGCGACGCCAUGCUUGAUGCGAUCAUUUACACGACUUCUUCAGAACCCAACGGAGCCCGAGACUGCUCGGAAGCUCCGUGCUACCUUUAAAGUUGUCAGGCACAUCCUUAAAUUUAUCACACAUGCGAGAAACCAGCAAAGGGAGAAGGAAGCUGGCAUUGGCAUCACCUCCAACGCCACGGGCUUUACACGCGAACUUCGUGCCAUCUUUAAGGCACUUGACGCGAUGAUGCGCAACUCUGCCCCUGCCCUUGUGGGAACUCAGACACUCGCUGUGCAGCAUUUCCAUACGUGGCUACCAGAACUUGCUGGUAUGCUGAACACUGAGGAAAUACUUCACAUUGCCAUUGACUUUAUGGACUCGUGCACUGAUGUUAAGGGCAAGCUCGUUCUGUAUAAGCUUGUGCUGAUUAUCAAUUACGGCAAGCUGGACCUGUUUGCUCAUCCAGAUCAAAAGCUGGCAUUGAGUACCAACACAGUUCGAUGGAUCACUCCUCAUUGGGGCCACACCGAACAAUUAACAGAUCAGUGGAGGGAUCAGAUCCGUCUAUGCUGCUCUGUGCUAGCCAGCCAAAUCGACUACCUCGGCUCUGAGAUCCCCGAUCACAUUCCUAAAAUAAUCGACUCAUACCUAGCGAUCCUCUCAGCCCCUCAUAAGCCAAAGGAUCGCCUUUCUCUUCUUUUCCCAUCCUCAUACCCUUUCCCUACUAAACCUGUUAAUGAUGACCUUCAAUUCGAUGAAGCCCUGGUCGAGCUUUCUGCUAUUCUAUCUGCAAUUUCUAAUUCACCUUCCGGUAUGCAACUUGAGCUUGCCGAGGACGACCUGACUACUCUACUAGAAAAUCUUCUUAGAGUACACAUGAGCAUUCUGAAGGGAGAAGCAUAUCCCUUAGGAUGGUUGAGUGUACAUAUUCAUCACCACAAAUCGACCAUGCGGACGCUUGAGUAUCUUGCUAGUACUAUGCUGGACGCAUUUCUCCCUGAUCCGGAAGAAGCAGAGAGCUUCAAUACCGAGCUGUGGAAACUCUUUUUUACUACACUCCUCAAACUUGUGGGCAGCACGUCUCUUGCGCUUGAAACCUUUCCAGAGCAGAAGCGAAGAGCUGUGUGGAAGAUCGCGGGUGAUGUUCGAGAACAGGGUGCUGAACUCCUUCGUCGCACUUGGGAGGCAAUCGGAUGGGAGACGACGCCCGAUGAGCGGAGCCGAUACAGCCUUUCUAAGAUGGGAGGAUAUCAAGUGCAAUAUGUUCCAGCGCUCGUUGGCCCUAUUGUUGAGUUAUGUCUCAGCGUGCAUGAAGGCCUUCGAAGAAUGGCGGUCGAGGUGCUGCAGACCAUGAUCGUCAGUGAAUGGACUCUGAGCGAAGACCUUUCGAUCAUCCAGACUGAGACGAUCGACCGUUUGGAUGUGUUCUUCAAGGAGAAACCCUUGACCGAAAGCAUUCUCCAGAAACUGUUUAUCUCUGAGAUCCUUGACCGUUUCGGACCGUUAGCAGACGAACCCGAUGAAACCUUGUACACUGCGCUACGCGAGUUUGUUGGCACUAUUGACGAAUUCCUUGACCUUCUAGUUGCGGUUCACAGUAGCGAUGAUACUGAUGAAGCAACACACCUAAUCAACCGCCUUCGACUCAUGGAGUUCCUUCGCGACAUGCAGAAGGAGGAGAUCUUUGUUCGAUAUGUGCACCAGCUCGCAGAAUUGCAAGCUGAAUCGCGAAACAACACCGAAGCCGGUUUGGCUCUUCGACUUCAUGCUGAUUUGUAUGAAUGGGACCCGACUACCCAAACUCCCGCACUUCCAGACCCGGAUUUCCCGGCGCAGACGCAAUUCGAGCGAAAGGAGAGGCUCUACUUCGACAUGAUCAAGUAUUUCGAAGAAGGAGAGUCGUGGAGCCAUGCUCUGGCGGCGUACAAGGAGCUACAAGCACAGUACGAGAACAACAUCUUUGAUUUCUCUAAGCUCGCCAGGACCGAGCGGGCGAUCGCAACGAUUUACGAGACAAUCGCCAAGAGCGACAAGCUUAUUCCGAAGUACUUCAAGGUUGUCUACAAAGGCCUUGGAUUCAACGCCAACAUCAGAGACAAGGAAUACAUAUAUGAAGGAUCUUUUAGUGAACGCGCUUCAGCGUUCGCAGACCGUAUGCAAGAACAAUACCCGGCCGCUCAGAUCGUCACCGGAGGGGACGUGGACGACGUGGAAGGACAGUUCUUGGUGAUCUCAGCUGUCACACCUCAUCGUGAUCUCAACCAUCAAGUCUUCCAGCGCGCACGCGUCCCGCAGGUGAUCAGAGACUUCCUGCUAUCUUCACACCCCCAGACGUUUUCUAUCUCGACAAGACGUAAUACGACUGGCCCUGUGAAGGAGCACUCUGCCGAGAAGUUGGUAUUCACGACUGCCGAUGCCUUCCCUACUAUUCUUCGUCGCAGCGAAGUUGUCGACGCCCAGGAGAUUAACCUUGGUGCUCACGAGACAGCCCUGGAGCGUAUUGUCCGCAAGACUCAAGAGAUGACUGCCCUCGAGCAUCGAGUAAAUGAUGGGAACGGAGACCAUGCACAGCUUCUUCUUGACGCAGCGAGCGUCUCCGUAAACCCCUUUUCCGAGAACAGUGUCGCCUGUUACCGCCAACUACUACCACAGCCCAAGGAGGUCGACGAGGAUGCCGAAGAAGAUGAGGAUCAAGAAGCGCCCGAAGUGCAGCUAACGCCUCAAGACAGCGCAAUUAAGAUGGCGCUUGUCGAUCAUGCAAUCAUGGUCAAGAGGUGUCUCGCCAUGUUCGCCCGAAGUCCCAAUGAGCUUCUCAGCAGCAAACACGAUGAGCUUCAUAGAUGCUUCGAGAGCACAUUUGCGACAGAGCUAGCGUACUUGACACCACCUCAGCCACAGCGCGAGCAUGUCGCAACUCCUUCUCCAACGUGGAGGCGUUCAUCUCGUUCCUCAGAAGCUAGCCCAAAGGCUAAGAACAUUGGGCUACUCAACGGCGUUACAACGGAAGAGGCUUCAGUGAUCAGACCAGUUUCGAAACGGGGCACACGACUCAGCUUCCUUGGCGGCAGCAAGAAAAAGGAGCCCGAGCUACCAACUGAGCCCGAGGAGACUGCCGGGGAUAUUGAAACCGCCAGCAGCCUCAGCCGUUCUCUCAGCCGCAGCCAAAGCAAAGAGCACAACCGCCGACAUAGCUUCUUCCGCACUCAAUCCCAAGACGAGAAGCCCCCUGAAUCACCUGGAGGCUUCAGCAGUCGAGGAAGUCUCGAACAACAGUUCGGCGGCGGUAACGACAAGGCUGUAGAGAACAAGCUCGCCAGCAAGAAGGGCAGCGUCCGCAAGAGAUUCAGCAUGCUCAAGCUUGGCCGCAAGAACAACAAGGGUAACGACACGAUGGGAAGUCUGGAUGAGGAGUAG